UCGCUGUCGCGUUUGGACUGUUGGAGAGCAACGGAAAGAGGAAGUGGACACUGGCAGACACUGCAUAGCCUAUAGGUAGCAGCGACGAGCGACGACGUGUGUCGACAAACCAGGCGACGAAUGUCGAGGUUUCUCAUUCUGCGGAGGAGAUGCGCGUCCCAGGGGACCGCGGGGCAAUGAGUAACGACGAGUCGGCCGGAACGUGGGUCAUGAGUAGCGCAAAAUGAGAAGAUCGUUUAACGCCGCGGUGGAGGCCCGAACAACGGACUGCCUCGAAGUCACGAGACGUCUGCACAAAAGCGUGACGGAGAUUGUCAAGAAGUUGGAUGAGCAAAAGAAUCGUGCCCUGACAGUGAGCGACAUAUUUGUUCCAUCUGUGAAGAUUCAACGUAUGAAACUCAAGGAUUAUUGCGAGAGGCUGAUAUUGAAGGACCCUGUUGGAAACGUGCACAAAAUAGAGGAACUUCUGUGGAGAAAGGCCUUUUACGAUGUUGUAUACACAGCCAAAAAGUUACGGAAGGGUAAUACCUGGAAUGAUAUGGAAAAAAUGCUGCUUUCGGCCCAUCUGUUGGUUGGUGUGGGAUAUUAUCAUCAUUUAAUAACGAGGCUACAAUUGGAAUACGAUCUAGACCUUGUUGGUGUGGUUGAUUUUGCUUUCAUUCAAAAUGAAAGUAUUUCAUCAUACGCAAGAACCAAAAUAGGGCAGUCUAAAACUCAUACCAAGGAGCUUAAACAGUGUGUCAUACGCUUGAUUCAUCGAAGCUUGGUAUGCCUUGGAGACUUGAGUAGGUACAAAUUAGAAUUAAAUUCAAACUGGGAUCCAAUGAUAGCAAACAGAUAUUAUAAGAUGGCCAUAGCCGUCGAUCCAAACAUUGGUAUGCCUCACAAUCAGCUUGGUACUAUAGCAGGCAAUAAAAAUUAUGGAUUAGAUGCAGUCUAUCAUUAUAUGAGAAGUGUUUUAUGUUCUGAGCCAUUUGAAGGGGCAGAAGGAAAUCUAAUGAAAAUUAUAGUAACUCAAUCUACCUAUACAGAUGAGAGCAAUUCUGUCCAUCAUUGUAUAUCGCGAUUAUUUUCUUUGUUACUUUUAUGGGAUUAUGAAAAUCCACAUUCUGAUAAAAUAAAUCAGGAAUGUCAGGCUCUUUUAACCGAUUUAGAGAAUUGUUUAACAAUGGAUCAAAUUGAGCCAACUAAUACAGAGUGUCUAGAAAAUAUGGAUAACAUCGAAACAUAUCUUCAAAAUUGUAAAAACAGACCAACGCUUUACUUAACAGAUGAUAUGGUGUUUAAGAUCGUGACAAUAUGCUUAAUGUCAAUUUCUAGAUUAAAGAAUAAAGAGUCCAACGAAGUACAGGGCGUCGUUGCUAUAACUUUAGCGAUACUGUCGCAAUUGCUAGAAUUUAUAAUAACGAAAUUGCAAAAAAUUAUUAUAGAAAUACCUGAUGUAGAAGCAAGUGCGAAAGGAAAUACUUGCUCCAAAUUGGAAAAUGCACAGGAAGAUCAAGCGUCUGAAUCGGGAGCCAACGGAGAUCACGUGGAAGGAAAAGAUUCUACUUUUAGCCAAGACAAUAAUGUACUCAGUUUAGGUGAGACUAACAAAGCUAAGUCAUCGAACAACGGAAUCAUCACGAACGAAUCAAGUCCCAAAAAGACAAACCGCGACAAAUCGAAAAGUCUUCUCAGCAAGCUCCGUAGACGAAAGAGGAGAACCAGCUCCGAUUCGGACGCGAGCGACGUAGACCAAUCCACCCUGGCGUCGUCUAGUGAUGAAGUCAAUUCCGAGACGGAGGAGGAUGACGCACUGAGUGAGGGGGGGAAUGACGUAUUGUCGGACGACAAUACGGACGACGAGGAAUCGUCUCCAGAAAAGAUCCAGACUAUCAAAAAUAUGGCACAGCCAGCGAAAGAAGAGAUGAACGGCCAUAGCAGCGAUGUCGCUGACAAAAUUGCGGAGAAUUGCGAUAAAGACAGUGUCAACCAUUUGGUUAACGGCCAACAGCACGCGACUGAUCAGCAAACAGAUUCGAAAGCGAUGAGCGACAAGGAUUCUGUAAUAAAUUCUAGCAGCGCUGUGACCAUCACGAACACGGACUCGAGUAGUGCCUUCGAGGAGGGUGCUGAUAAUCGCAACGCGGACAACAACAUCCUUUACGUGGCACAGUUGAAGAAGCAGAGUUUAAAAUCGGACGAUGUUCUGAAUAUGUUGAUUGGCAGGGAGAUCCUCGUGUCCAUUAAAGUGUGCUGCGAUUGGCUCCGAAGUAAUCCUGACAUCGUGAGGAUAUGCGCCAAAAGUUCGCGGACAUUGUUGAAGCGUAUUACGAUCUUAUUGAAUCUAAUCUCCGUUGAUAUCGAAACUCUUGUGCGGGAGAGCGAGGAUUCUACGAUUCUGUCCAGCGUGGAGAGAUUGAAGGAAUGCGUGAAGAUCGUACCUCUACCGGAGGAUAUUGAUCUACGAGGGUUGAGUUUGUUGGAGAACGCUCAUAAAGCUCUUGAUUGGCAGAUACUUCGUAAACAUAAAAUGAAUAGGCGAGAAGAAACGCUAUUGAGAGUGUUGAAGCUAAUCGAAUUCGGACACCAUCUCUGUUCCGUUGAGGAUUCAAGGAUACAGUACAAUCAGACAGAGCGAUUGUUCACGGUGACAGAUGCGAGUGCCUCGAAAGUACCGAAGGUGAUAGGUCUGGACAAGAAAAAUUUCGAGCCGGAACACUCGAAAGGGAAGCUUAUGAGACACAUGGGCAGAUUGUGGUUGAAUGCGGAGGUUCGAGCUCUAGAAAGCCAAUUACGGUCUCGACUGAUGUCACCUAUCGCAUAUCUUGUUCCUGAUCACGAAGCUUUAGCCAAGCAUACGCCGGCUCUCAAACGCUUGGUGUACGCAAAGAAAUUUGUAGUGGUGAUCCCCGUGGCUGUUAUCUCUGCUUUGGACGAGGUGAAACGCGUAAGCGCUCAGGCGAGAGAAGCAACGCGAUGGCUGGAGAAUCAAUUGAGGCGUGGUUCGAGAUUCUUACGGGCGCAGAAACCUCACGAGCGUUUGGCGCUGCCGUUAAUCAAAGGACCAAAACCUAAAGACAAAGAAGCGUGGUUAUUUUUCCAGAUAAUAGAAUGUUGUCACUAUCUUACCCAGCAAGCAAAGGUCGGUUUUACUGGCGAUGGGGAGCUACCGGUUGUGACUCUCCUAACUGGUUGUGAACCAGACGAUACGAAAACUCUGACUUUUAGUCCCGAUGGAUUAGCGAGAAGUGCAGGUGUCAAUCUCGAGCAUAUAGAAUUGUUUCAAAUAAAAUGGAAAUCAUCGAUUAAGAGUUACGGUUGAGCGAAGUGUAUCACUCCUGCGUGAUUAUCUGUCGCUAAAUCUCAUUCAGAGAGAUCUAUUAUCUAUUGCUCGGGUGUCAGCCGAUCAAAGGAUAAAUACUUCAAGAGGGUUGGAAACCCGUGCAUAUGACAAAAAAAAAUACGGAAAAAAUUGAAAAGCGACCGCAGAAUAAAUCGGUGCCGAUAAAGAAAAUGUCAUUUUUCCGCAGAAGAAUCUUAAGUAAUAGACCGAUGCUUUUUUUUCUCUUUCUAAUCAUUCGUAUUGCCAUUUAUGUUUAAAAAGAUUGUAUUUUUAAGUAAACGUUUUUAAAUAAUGUGAGCAACACGUUUUCCUCAGCCCUAUUAUCCAGUCUGGCGAGUCGCAGUCCGUUUGCAGACGCGAAUUAACACGCUGCAUUGAAGAACAGAAGGCAUGAAUUUAAAAUGAGUGUUCACGUUCAUAUUCAUUGAAACAAUCGAGGACUGUCUACGCAUAAAUUCGGAAUACCGUUGAUCGACACACGAGCUAAUUUUGUACUUUGAGGAAGAAAUAUGUACAUCUUAUAUAUUUCAA